UAUAGGCUGGUCAGAUGAGUUUAUUGAACCGAUGUUAAUGAUUGGGUAUGACUAUUGAUUUUCGGGUGAAUAUAGAUUGUCAGUAGUAGGUAUUGACUGUGCAGUUAUAGUUUAUUGGCCUGUUCUCCUUAUAUCUGGUUGAAGCACAGGAGUAAUCAGAGCAGGGAUGUAACUAUACCUGCGACCUUCCCCAGUAUCUGUGCGUUAUAGAUGACGAUGAUACCGCGAACGCACAGAUACUGUGAUACCUGCGACCUUAUUCAAAAAAGCUCUCAUGAUCUUAUAGGCCGAUCGUUCCAGCUCAACAGCGACAUAUGGGGUCAGAGGUCAAAAUGAUGAUCUCACCCUCACAGAUAUUGGAAUCACAGCCUCUUGAUGACCCUAUCAAUAAUGCUGAUGACAUGCAGGAUGAAGUCAGAUGUGAAAAAGAUCAGCCUGAUACUGGGAGCCUGGCCCAGUUCUUUGCUGAUCAAGAAACAGCCAGCCCAAAUCAGUCAAUAGCGGCUGAACCAGAGGCAGAGAUGCAGGAGGCUUAUCUGAAGUCAGCUGACCCAACCCAGUCACUAGAGGCUGAAAUAGAUAGUGAUAUGCAGGCUGAUCUACAGACAGCCGGCCCAUCCCAUGUACAGGAGCCACACCAGACUUCUCUACUCAACCCUGGAGACCUGGAACUGGAGGAUACUGAUGUGACCUUCACCACCACGCCCACGCCCCCCCAGGCUGCAACAUCCCAGAACAGCCUUGUCAGGCUGCAAAGAAGCUCCCUAGACCUCUGCACCUUUCUGCAGGACAUGACUGACGACCACUGGAAUCUGCUGAGUGAGAAAAUGCGUCCCAAGUUAACCAGAGAUGAGUUUACUGCCAAGUGCAUGGACAUUGUCACAUGGGUGAAGAAGACCACAUCGACAGUGGUGUUUCCUGCCCUUGACCUCACCAUGCAGAUAGAGCUGACUGAGUCGCCAGGCUCUCCUGGAUCAGGAAGUGAGGAGGCAGGAGAGGUGACUUCUCUCUCCCGCACCGUGACAUUAAGCUGUACUCAAGGCACCAGCUCUAAAACCUCCUGGAGCACGCGGACACCCAUACCUUUCCCCUCCAGUCACAGGUCCAUGACCUCUUUGCUGAGUGAAGAGGACAAUGAAGACUUGAUCCCUGGAGAGUUCACAUAUCUCUCCACACCUGAGGGGGGCAAUAGAGAGGUUAGGGACAGACCCUGCUCAGAGCCACUCAGGUCUGUAUUUGGCCUGUCUCAGAGCUGUGUUUUCAAUCAAAUGGUCCGCAGUGGAGCAUGCAGGUCGCUGAGUGAGAUUGUACUGCCGUCCAGCCGGAGUAGACAGAGAAAGCUCAGGCCCAUCAUCGUCUCCACAGACACCAGGUUGGUAAUGGGAAUUGUGGAGAUGUUGAUGAAAGUCCUCAACUCCAGGCUAGCUCAGCUAAUGCUAAAUGUGGGUCAUGGCAGCAACUCAGCAAGCAUUCAGUUUGCUCAAGAGAUGCUGAGCAUGGCAACGGCAUCAAUGUAUGCCCAUGCCAUGGAGCAUAUUGCGCACGGCCGCAAGUCCAGCAGUCCCCAGUCCAAGUCUCAGCUUGAAUUAGAGAGGGAGCUUGAAGCCAUAUUGGGUCCUCUGGCUGGACAGGUAAUAGUCACCAUCAUCAAUAGCAUCCUCGGGACUAAAGACAACGGAAGAACUGAGCAGGAACGGACCAACCCUUUGAGUUACUUCCUUACUGCAGUUUCUGCUGAAAUUCAAAGCCUUGUAGUUCAAAGAUCUGCAAGUAGACAGUCCUCCAGGCAGUCCAUCAGUGACCACUUGUUGAAUAUCUCCAAGGGCAAGAUCGUGAAAGCCGUUCAAAUUAAAAUGUCACAACUCUAUGGCGAGUCUACCAAUGAAAGCUGCAUUUCAACAACUCCAACAAUCCAGAGCCUGUCCAAGUGCCCAUCCAAAGAAUCCCUUUGUGAUUGGACUCUCAACUCAGACAACGUGCAUCCAGCUAAGUUCCUGUCCAGCAACAGAAUUACAGCAUUGUCGACGGAUGUUGUGGAUGUUGUGUUUGGUGAUGUUCUUUAUAAUCUUGGACUUUUGGACAGCCAAACACCUUUAAGGCCACAGAAUGCCAGCUCCAGCUCAUCAAUAGACAUCAGCGGUGUUGCUGGGGAGAUGGUCAGACAAGUCUCCGUAAAACUCCAGCCCUUUGUUUCUGAGAGCAGUCUGGAAGCCAUGUCCAUGACUCACGACUCAUCAUCUCUGCCCAUCUCAGACUCUGACUUGAAGCUCUUGUGCUCUCACUCAGCGGUUGCUGUGGCAACUGCCUGCCAAGCAAUUAAAACUGAGCUUGAGAUGAGUCUCAACUCAGCCACAGAGGCCGGCUCCCAGUGUAACCUUGCUGCCAGAGACCUGGUAUCUUCUCUGUCACAGAGUCUUGAGGACAUGGAUGUUUCUCACAUAAUUUGGGGCCUUAAUGAGGCAGCUGUGACAUUUCCCAACCUGAACGAAACCCCUUCGACCUACACUAAUAGAUUAGAGGAAAUCUUAUCUGCCCAUAUUUCCCCUGAAAGAAUUGCAGCGGCAUCGGUUGAUCUUUUUGAUGGCGUAUUAGCAGACUUGCAUGAGGCAUCUGAGUCAAAUAAGGUCUCAGCAGCCACAAAAUCUGGUCGCAAAAAGUUCUGGGUGGUUGUACAUUCAAGUUCACAAAACCUGUACACCAACGCACUGGACAAACUAAAUAAGUGGUUCAGUUUACAUCAUCUCACUGAGGAAGAAGAUGUCCCUCAGAUGACCAAGCUCUCUGCAACUGGACCACUCCUAACUGAGGCCUGUUUGGAGGUAUCUCCUGUGCAAAAGACCAGUAGUAACAGCUCUGGUAUGUCCUUCAGGUCUCUCAGUAAUAUCUCAGACAACCAGUUAACCCUCAACACAUGCACUAAAGAGGUCAUCAAACAGGUGGCCUCAGUUCUGAAGGUUGAGGCUUCUAAGGAAGACUGUUCUCCUUCCAUUGGAGGGAGGACAUCAAAUGUCACUAAGCAGAGCUUCACCAAAUCUGCUAAGAACACCCUCAGCCAGAUCCUAAAUGUGAUCAAGUGCAGAGUGGCUGCCUCAGAUAAUUUAUCUGUUAGACAGAAAACAACUGACAUGUUGGACUCUCUUCUUGAGAGCCUUGACCAGUUGACUGCAGAUGAGAUCAAGGGGACAGCGUCCCACACCUCAACCACAAUAGAUGUGCCAGAAUCACUGUCUAAGCUAUCCUUGACAAAAUACUCGUCUACUCAUGAGAGGAACCAGGAUGCUUCCCCUGCAAAGCUUGUGUGUCAACCAUCAUGUCUGAUACCAACAUACAUGUGUGACACCAACAUUAUAGGACAAACUAUAAUGGAAACGAUGGAGACAGACAACUCAAAGAAGACUUCAGCAGAGGAAAACCUUGAGAGGCUCCUCUCCAUUGAAACCAUUCAAGGUGUGUCAGACGACCUCAUCACAAAGGUCCAUGGUCUCAUUCAGGAGAUCACAAUAAGCCGGCAACGUCAAUCCAUGGCUGGGCACAGGAGCUUCUCUGAACCAGCAUUGCCAAAGCCAGCCCUGAAAAAGCUUUCAAGGAAUGAUGCCUCUGAGCUUGCUUACAGCUUUGUCGAAAAUUCAGUUAGGACUCUCCUGGGGCAGUGUUUAGAUGUGUCGCCCUUUUCCACCGGAGUAAGGCAGACGAUGGAUCAGGUCACUAAGAUAAUGACCAACACAGUGAUGGACAACCUGACUGAUGUGUCCAAGCCCACAGUGAAGUCAGAGGAUGAAUUAAUUUCCAGGUUAGUCCUACCAGAUGAAUUCCCCACAAGGAGCCUUAACCCAGCUGAUGGCAACGCUGAUGUGAUGCCUCCCUCUGCUGGAGUUGGAAAGAAGAGCAAGAAGUGGCGUUUCCUAUUUAAAAUGCCUAACAUCCCAAAGAUCAGGAUCAAGGUGUUCAAGAGAAAAGGGCAAGCCAAGAAGCACCCAGAACUGGAAGCGCUGCCAACAAAACGUUUCAGUGUUAUGUCACUGAAUGCUGAAUGUGAGGUUCCAGAGGUUCCUUCCUCUUCCCCACCCAUGGAGGACCUGAUACCUGCACCUACUGCACAGGAUCCCCAGUCCCGUAAAUGCCCCCUUGUGGUUAGGGUGUUCCGGGCCCUCUCUCGAGCCAUCACAAGCCCCUUCAGAGGAGCUUCAGGAAAGAAGCACUAGAUAAGUGCCUGAUUUUAAUAAACAUUACUGCAUUUA